AUGAACAUUUAUCAAACGACAAAUUUUGAGGUAUUUUAUAAUUUAGCCAGAGGUCACCGAUUUUUUAAAACUAAACUUGUGUAUUCGUUAGUGACAAGAUAUAUAAAAAAUAGUAUAACUGAAAAAAAAUCAACAUUCAUGCCAAUUCAACAUUUUCCGUUGGAUACAACCAGUUCUACUCCAUCACCUUCAAUUCAAAUAACUAAUGGAACUGAAUGUAAAGUAUUGAUUGCUAUUACUGUUCCAACACGUAAUUGGAAAUACAUAUUCAAAGUUCGUACAGAUAUAUUAAUUGGUGAAUUAAGAAAACAAGCAAUUGAAACAUACAAUUUAAAAGAAUUAGAUUUUAUUAAUUAUGGUUUAUAUUUACCACCAGAAAGUGGGAAAAAAGGCAAAUUUUUACAAGAUGAACGAAUUAUAUCAGAAUAUCCACAAUUAGUUGCUAUGAAAUUAAAUCCAUAUAAUGAUAAUCAAUUAUUACAUGAAAUAGAAUCAAAUGGAUUAAUGAAUGAUAAAAAAUCUAAAGAACCUGUUGUAUUAGAGCUUCUACCAAAAAUUCGUUUUGUUGAAGAAUAUCGUCUAGAAGGAUCCAAAUCAACAACUAAACGAAUUCAUUCUAAACAUCAUCAAAAGCGGUUAUUAUCUGCCAUAAAACGUAAUGAUAUUGGACGUGUUACAGAUUUAUUAGAACAAGGUUUAGAUCCAAAUUUUCAAUAUCCAUCUAGUGGAGUAAUCCCAUUAGGUUGUGCAGCAGAAUUAACUGAUCCACGUGAAAUGAUAUUACAACUUGUUAAUGCUGGAGCACAUUUAGAUUAUCGUGAUUCAGAUACAAUGACUGCAUUACAUAGAGCUGCAAUCAAUGGAAAUUUAAAAGCUAUUGAGGUAUUUUUAGAAUUGGGACAAAAUCCUAAUGUACGUGAUAGAAAUGAUUUAACACCAUUAUAUUAUGCUUGUUCAGAAGAUAUUCAACCAGAAUGUAUACAACGUUUAUUAUUUGAUCAUGCUAUACUUGGUGUAACCGAUGAUAAAGGUAGACAAGAAAUUCAUCAAGCUUGUUUAAAUGGUCGUAGUAAAACAUUAAAACAAUUAAUCAUUUAUGGAGCUGAUUUAAAUGCACAAGUUGAAAAUCAUAAUACACCAUUACAUUUAUGUGUAUUAGCUGAUGAAAUGGAUUGUUUAAAUUUAUUAUUACGUUAUGGUGCAUCACCAACAUUAAUUAAUUCAUCUGGACAAACUCCAUAUGAAUUAGCUAUACUUAUUGAACGGAUGAAUUUAGCAAAUAUUUUACAAAAUUUUGAUGAACAUUUAGUUGAGGGAAUUGAUCAAAAACCUGUAUACAAUAAAGAUAGACGACCGACAAUUCAUGGACCAAGAGCAGUGUAUGACAGUGUUCACUUACUUCAAUAUAAUCAUAAUAGUAACCAUAGUAACAGUAAUAAUAAUAAUGAUAAUAAUAAUAAUGGUAACAUAAUAAGUACACGUAAACCAAGUAAACCAAUGUCAGUAGACAGAGAAUUACCUCCAACUCCUUAUCAAAGAUGUUUAUCAUUUGACAUGAAUGAUUUAAGACAACUUACACCAAAACGAAUCAAUCAAUAUGUAUUUCAUAAUAAUAAAAUUGAAUCUCGAACACCAGAUAUAAUUAGACGUAAUAAUGUUGAUAAAAAAGAAGCUACUAUUAAUAAUAAUAAUAAUAAUAAUAAUAAUAAUAAUAAUAAUAAUAAUAAUAAUAAUAACAGACCAUCAUUAUCUAUUCGACGACAAGUGACAUAUGGUAAUGAUAAUGAUAAUUGUGGAGGAACGAUUUAUAAUGAUAAUAAUUCACAAGAUAUUUUCAAAUUUCCUCGACGAUUAAAUUUCCUAAGACAACGUUAUCCAAACUAUCGUAUACGUUCAAUCAUUUUGGAACGUGGAAUAACUGGUUACGGUUUUAUUAUGCAAGGAUCAGAUAAUUUUAAAGAACGAUCAUUUAUUGCUAACAAUUUACCCAGUCAAAGGAUUUUGAGCGUUCAACCAAAUAGUAAAGCUGAAAAAGCUGGACUUGUACCAGGCGAUUAUAUACUUGAGAUUAAUGGUAUGGAUGUUUAUGAUGCAACACAUACACAAGUAGUUGAUUUGAUUACAACAACAAGAGAUAUAUUACAAUUGAAAAUUAUCAACUUUCAACAGUUACCAGAAAUUCAAUCAAGAGUUAUUAACGGUAAUCAUAGUAAUAGUAAUAAUAAUGCUACUACUAAUAAUAGUAUUAUUACUAAUACAAAUCUCAACUACAAUGAUAACAAUACUAGAAUAAUGCAUCGAACUAGUUUUUUACGUGCUGAUCUUAGACGACGUAAUACACAACGUUCUACAAGUGUUGAUAUGGCAUGGAAUACUCGACAACUUAGUAUUGAUAAUAAUACAAUGGAUAAUAAUCAUAACAUUACCACUACUACUACUACUACUACUACUACUACUACUAAUAAUAAUAAUAAUAAUAAUAAUAAUAAUAAUAAUAAUAACUAUCGUCGAUCAAUUCAGUCACUGAAUAUAAGUAAAACUAAUUAUUUAGAAAGAAAACCUCAAUCAGCUGUUUUAAUCAUUAAAGAUGAAACUGAACAGUCGAAAGAUUCAUCAAGAACAACAAUAACAACAACAACACAACCACUGUCAACUGCAUUAUCAUCAUCAUCAUCAUUAUCAUUAUCAAUUUCAUCAUCAUCAACAUCAUCAUCAUUAUCACCACAUAUUAAUAAUACACAUGGUGAUAUUACUAAUUUCAAUUAUAGUAGUAAUUAUAAUAAUCAACUUGAAUGUAACAUAUCAAAAUCAUCAAAUUUAUUGUUAUCAAAUGAAAUGAAAAACUCUGAACUUGAUCCAUCAACAAUAACAACAAGUUUACAUAAUGAAUUAACUAAUAGACAAGAUAAGUAUAAAUUCACUACGAAAUCAUUGUCAUCUUUAACAACAUCAACAACAACAACAACAACACCAUCAUCAUCCUCAUCAUUCUCUACCCAACAUCUUUUAUAUUCAUCAUCAUCAUCAUCUGUAUCAUCAAAAUAUAAACAAGAUAAUAAGAUGAUGAAUACAUUAAAACAAUAUCAUAAUAAUUCAUCUGAUCAUAAAUGGGAUUCUGAAUCAGAUUUAUUAAAUAUAUCAGAAAUCAGUGAAAUUUCUGUUAUAUCUAUGAAUGAUGAAACAUUGAACAAUAAUAAUAAUAAAAUGGUAGAAUAUAAGAAACAAUCAAAUUUUAUAAAACCAUCAACAAUUAACAUAUUAACACCGUUAUUAUUGUCGUCAACGUUGACGUCGACAUCGUCAUCAUCAUCAUCAUCACCAGUAAAAAAUAAAUUGACGAAUAAAGUCAACUUUGAUAUGAAUGGUAAAUUGAGAUCAAUACAAUCGGAACCAUAUCUUCAUCAAAUGAAAGCUGAAAGGAACAAUCAUAACAAUAAGAAUAAUUAUAAUAAACAUUCUUGUAAUGAUAUCGAAGCCUCUACAGUACAGAAAGCUCCAAUCAAUAAUAACUUGAAAAUAAAUGGUCAUGAAAUUGAUGAUGAUGAAUCAGAUUCAUGUUUAAUUUAAUUAACAAAAAUAACUAAUGAUUACAUAAUUAUAAAAAGUAUUCCAGUGAAAUAAUCAAGUCAGAUUCCAAAUUCAAUUAAUCGUAUAGAAAAAUAAUGACGUAACCAUCCACGCACACUCACUCACAUUCACUCACACACACUCAUAAACAAACAAACAAACAAAUAAGUAAACAAACAAUAAUUUAUUUGCAUUUAUUCAAAAUUCUUUUGUUACUUAUUUUAUAGUCAACUUUUUAUACUACUAAUAAAUCAUGAAUAAUACUACUGAUAUUCAUAAAUAAUAAUGAUUAUAUUAAACAUUAUUUAUCAUCAUGAUCAUGAUGAUGAUCAUCAUUUCCAUUAUCAUUAUGUGAAAUAUAAAGAUUGAUUUAUACAUAAAUGAAAUAAUAUUACAUCAUAUAUACAUACAAUACAUGUUCCAUAAUGUACUUUAAUAAUAUUGUAACAAGAAGGCAAUCUAUUAUUAUUAUUAUUAUAUCAUUUAUGUUGCUUAUUUAAACAAUCAUAAUAAUAACAUUGAAUAUUGAAUAUUAAAUAUUGAACAUUGAAAAUAUUAGUAAAAAUGAUUGAAUUUUUUGUCUGGCAAAAUUAUAAUUUAUGAAUGAACCAAUCAAAUAUUCGAUGACAAGUUUUGGGAUUUUAGGCGCGAAAUUUUAUUUAUCCAAUUUGAUUAAAAAUAGAAAAUUUUUGAUGUUACUUUAUGAGAAGAAAAACUCCCGAAAUCUAAUUGUUAACCUUUAAUCAUUAUCUGUAAAUGAUCAUUCAAUUCCUUUACACAUGUUCACACAUGAUUCUAAUUAUUAAAUGGACAGUCAUACGAUUAGUCUGACAUCACUCAAACAUUAACCAUAAAUGACAGUCUUACGAAUUUUCUUCAAAAAGAAAAAGAAAAAAAGAAGAAAGAAAACUUUGAAAUAAUCUUUUGACAUUCCAAUUUCUUUGUUGUUUUUGUUUUUGUUUCUUUAUCAUUUUUAAUAAUAGAUCAUAAUAAAUUGAAUUGUAUUUCUCCUUCUUUUCUUUUUGUUUCUUUUCUUUUUUUUAAAAAAAAACAAAAAAAGAAAAGAAAAGUUGAACAGAUUAUAUUUUAAAUAAAUAAAAUAGAUGUUCAAAAGUUAAAUUAUUAUUUAAACAAAAAAAUAAUCAUUUUCUUUUAAAGUUCAGAAAACAAAAACAAAAAAAGAAAAGAAAAAAAGAGAAAAGAAGAGGAACUAAUAUUUAAUGAAAUAAAGAUACCAUCUUCUUUUUUUCUCUCUCUUUUAAUACAAUAAUGAAUUAUUAUAAAUUUCAAUAUUAUGUAAUAUGUUCAUAUGAAUAUUCUAUGGAUAGAUUUUCAUUUUACGAAUCAAUAUAUCUGUUUGAUCAAUUCGAUAUGGUGAUGAUGAUGAUGAUGAUCAUGAUGAUUGUGAUCAUGAUCAUGAAUGUUGACAAAUAUUUUUUUUCAUAAUGACUUUCAUAUACUUUAAUUCUAAUCUGUUUGAUCUUCAUUUACUUACUUACUUAUUUACUUACUUGCUUACUUACUUACUUACUUACUUACUUACUUACUUACUUACUUACUUACUUACUUACUUACUUACUUACUUACUGACUGACUGACUAACUGACUGACUGACUUGCGCUUUUUACUCCUAAUGGAGGUUUGAUCUUCAUUUAAACAAUGAUUUAUUAUUAACAUUAUUAUUUUUUUUAUUUUAUGCAGUGAUUAUCUUAUCUUAUCUAUACAUUGUGUAUAGUUUCCUUUUCUUACCUUUCAGUUUCAAUUUUAUACUUUUUAUAUAAAUUCAAUUUUUAAUGAUGAAUAGGGCGAGUUAUUUUUUGGGUUUGUUAUUUAACUUUUACGAUAUUAGUCUAGAUCAGAUCUACAAUGCGUCGUUGAGAACGGUUUUGCUCUAUCCUUAUGAAACCGGAUUUCUCUCAGUUGAGAAUAUUACACAACUCUUUGUUUGUUUGUUUGUUUUGUGUGUGUGUGUUUGUGUUUGAUUAUCGUUGUCAUUGAAGCAUUGGUGAUAUGCAAUCGUAAUACCAUGUUAGUAAUGAGAAGCUUCGGCAUCGUGUAUUUCAGCACAGUAAUAAUCAUUCAAUUUGGUGAUCAAUCAAUAUCAUUAUUCAUCAUACUUAUUGUUUAUUUCUAGUGAUUUAUUCUACUCAUAGUUAAGUUAUUCUUAUUCAAUAUGAAUAUCAGUCUAUUUCAAUCUAUU